GGAGGGGGGGGGAUUAUUGAUGAAAUAAAAUAGUAGUAAUAAUGUAGGUCAGGUUGCCCUCCUCAUCCAGUAUGUCAGCCCUUUCUUUGACGUAACAGUAGACAGAUCCGUUUUAAGAGGAGCGUUUUAUUUAAUCUCAAUUUUUCUCUUUUUUUUUCCUGCACCUGUUUUUCUUUGGUUCCUUCUUCCCCCUCUCUCUACCUUGUCUAUUUGGAUCUCUCUGUCUGUCUCCCUUCUCUUUCCGAUGCUUGAAUAGAAGUGGAUCAAAAAGGUAAAGCCCACAGUAAACAUAACAACCACAGCUCGUCCCUUCCUCCCUUCCACGUCCUCCUUGUCUACCUUCCUCCCCCACCCCAUGAUCCCUCCUAACCCGGCACCUUGUGUUGUGGUCAUGUCUGACAUCCAGAGACCCCCUUACUCCUCCUUCUCCUCCUCCGUUUUUUUUUAACUUUUCUUCUUUUGAUAACCAAAACAACUCUAAAACCCUUCUAGAUUUCCACCUGGCGACACCAGAUACAAAAACAAACAAUGAGAGAUAAACGCAUCUCUACUGACGUUCUUACAGCAUCGUCUCAUCCUCCACUCACAUGAAGUGUGUUUCUCCAUCUCUCCCCACACAGACCAAAGACAGAAUCCUCUUCUUCUGUCGUGUCGUCCCAUUUCUCUCUCUUACUGCUCCCCCUCCCCCCCAUUCUCUCAAUCGUUCUAUUGUUUGUUGUUAAAUAUCAGGCAUGGCCCAGCACGCUAACAGGCUAAGCUUCCAAAGAUCCGUACUUCCAGGUUCUCAUGGUCUCCCCUCAUUAGCACACUACCUCGUCUUAUUCUUGGUUAAUCAUUUGGAUCUUCUCAUCCCUUUCUCGCUCGUCUUUUCUCGACUGGUUUAUCUCUCAGAUCACAUCUUUUUUUUUUUAUGGCAAGCCACCAAGCACCCCCUCGAGCCUCAGCACGGGUCCACAGAGGAAGAAGGAGUGUAUCCCUACUCCAGCUCCUUGUAAUGUCCACUCUAAUGCGGCCAGGCUUUGGACCUAAAAAGCCCCAAUCAGCGUGGCCAGCAGCCCCAAUCACUAGCCUCUCCAGGAAAUAGCCCUGGUCCGUCUCCAAGGUCGUUGACCGAGUGGUAGUCCUACAGGGUUCAAAAAUAUCCUCCCCCCCAAAAAACUUUGGAGAUGUACUGAUUAGAAGAUUUAAACUUUUUUUUUUCUUUUAUCUUAACGAGCCUUAAAGAGAUGACUAUCUUCUGUGUCUGUUCCCUCGUAAACCAUGUAAUGUACGGUGUGGCUUUACAGAUACCAUUAAUAACAAGAGGAUACCAGACUCACCUUUUGUACGGCAAAUCUUAAAAAAAAGAGCGACCAAUGACACAUAUCCUCAUAUUUAUAUAUAAUAUUUGUAUUUUAUACAAUUAUAGCUUAAUAGUGUGUAUAAAGUAUGUAUGAUUUUGUAUAAGAUUUUGCGUGCUUGUUUCAGAUCAUCAAAAAAUGUAAAUAUUAGUCAGUGACAACACAACUGAACACUAAAUAUAGUUGCUAAAUGGAACUUUUUUUUGCUGUGGGGUCUUUUGUGACCUCUCGGAUGAGUCGUUCGCUGCGUUAUUGGGGUCAUUUUCAUUGGCCGGCCACUUCUACCAAGGGUCAGCACCGUUUCAUGUUUUCGCCAUUUUUGGAAAAUGGCUCUCAGUGUGGUUUGCUGGAGUCCCGUAGCUUUAAAAAUAGCUUUAUAGACUGAUAGAUGUCAGUUAAUUGAGGCUUUAACAGAGGACAAUCACUUUUUUCUCCCUUAAUAAUAAAAAAAUUCAUUUAAAAACUGUAUUUUGUUCAGUUGUGUUGUAAUUAAAUAAUAUUUAAAUUAGCUUGAAGAUCUGAUGCAUAUAAGUUUGACAAACAUGCAAAAAAAACAACACUUUCACACCAAUGUAUGUUAUUUAGUUUUAUUUAUUCGAUUUUAAAUGAUCUAAAAUGACAUUUUAAACAAUCUCCUUGGAGAAGUACCCAUGCAUAGAUUAGUGAUGGACAUUUUGAUUAAUGGAACAAAAAAUAAACAAUAAUUUAAGCUUUUAAUGUUAUUUGUAGUGGAAUGGGAAAUCAUAGCUCAACUUCCCAUAGCAUAUAGACUCAACAGCACCUCUGCUGGUUGCAGUUGAGUAGUGCAAUCCAUUUUGCUUCAUUUUUUAAUCAGUUUCACUCUAUAAUAUCUGUAAAUAAGUGCGUUUUUCAUCUAUGAACCUUAGAAGCUUGUCAAUCUGGUCUUUGCCCCCCCCGUCUGGAUCUAUAUGUUGAAAAAUACACCUUUAUUGACUGCUUUACCGUAUUUUUCCAUGUCCACGUCCUCCAUUUCUUUCCCAGCACAAGCAGCCAUUGUCGCCGUUCCUGCAGAGGCAAAGCACGACACCAACCCUUCCUCUUCCUCCUCCUCCUCCCGCCUUCCUCCCCUCACUACUGCUUGAUGUUAACUCCUCUUCCACCCCCCCACUAACACUAAGAGGAAAACAGUGUUUUUUCUCUCUUUGCCCUCCCGUCGCCUUCCUUUGUUUGACAUUCCAGACCUGUGUCUUUGCACGCAACGUCCAAUUAGUCCGUGGCUGAUUGGGAUUGGGAUGUUGUGUGGCGUUGACGUUCUCUUCCGCACCGUCCUUGUCAGCUUCCCAGUACCUGCUGUCUAUUUUAAGACAAAGUGUCAGCAGCCUCUGCUGCUUCCCCGUUCUUCACCUCUAUACGCUGACACGGAGCACGCUUCCCACAUCAUUACCGUAUUCCCUUUAUCACAGCUGUCACCACCAAAGAACCUUUCCCACCCCCCCACCCCCACUCUCCCUCACUUCCACCCUGUUUGCUUGUGGAGGUCAGACUCCAGAGCGCCGUGUUGGCGCCGCCACAGAGGGCAGUCACAUCGCUCUCACAGAUAGCUCCACCUGUGAUUUGUACAAGUGAAUGGCCCGAGAGUGAAGAGGUGCUCCGCUGUGGAUGGAGAGAUCAUGGCCGAGCCGUCGCCAUAGUGACGACGAGCUGCGCCUCAUUAGGGAUGACCUGCCACGACUAAACAUGGUCAUGUGACCGACAGGCAAAGCCAGCUAGGGUAGAAUAAAAGGAUUGACGUCAUCAAUACACCGCAAAAAAUAAAAAUAAAUCACAUGAUAGUAUUUUACGACAAUUUUAAAUACACCUCAUAGGUCUCACAAUCAUAUAUUGGAAAUAAUAAACAGUUUAAUUGUGAUUUUAAUAAGCCCUACUCACAACAAGAGGUGCGUGUAGCUUUAAAGCUAAUGAGAUGUGUUUUUACACGCCCUCCAAAAUGUGCUAUUCUGCACUUUAUCACACUCAAUAUUAACAUAAUGUACACGCUGGAACUCUGUACACUUGUCUUUGUAUGUCCGGGGACGCUGCUGCGGGUGCAGGCGCCCAGCUCUUUGCAGGAGGCGGAGCACCAAGCAGGGGCAUGGUGCAAGGACCCGCUUCAGUCCGGGGACCGCCUCUACGUCAUGCCUUGGACCCCCUACCGCACCGACAUGCUGUUCGAAUAUGCCUCCUGGGAGGAUUUCAAACAGAAUCGAGCCACCACGACGUACAAGUUGCCAAACAGAGUCGACGGCACAGGUUUCGUGGUAUACGACGGCGCCGUCUUUUACAACAAGGAGCGCACACGAAACAUUGUGAAGUACGACCUUCGCACGCGCAUCAAGAGCGGCGAAGCUAUCAUCACCAACGCCAACUAUCACGACACGUCUCCUUACCGCUGGGGCGGCAAGUCCGAUAUCGAUCUCGCCGUGGAUGAGAACGGCCUGUGGGUGAUCUACGCCACCGAGUCCAACAACGGGCGACUGGUGGUCAGCCAGGUGAAUCCCUACACACUUCGCUUCGAGGGCACCUGGGAGACCAGCUUUGACAAGCGAGUGGCAUCCAACGCCUUCAUGGCGUGCGGCGUGCUCUACGCCGUGCGCUCGGUCUACCAGGACGACGACAGCGAGGCGGGCGGGGACCUCCUGAUGUAUGCGUACAACACCAACCACGGCCGUGAGGAACCUGUCAACAUCGCUUUCCCCAACCCGUACCAGUACAUCUCCUCCGUGGAUUACAACCCCCGAGACAACCAGCUCUAUGUGUGGAACAAUUACAAUGUACUGCGUUACCCGCUGGAGUUCGGACCGCCGGACCCCACCACGGGUCCUCUGACCACCACUCAAGUGACCACCACUGUUCCGGCCCGACCCUUCACCUCCAGCGCCAGCCCCUCCACCGCCCGCCCCGUGGCCCCCACGCUGCGCCCUGUCGGCUCUGUCAACAACAACAACCACCACCACCCCCCUGGCCCCGACCUACGGGCCAUCACAGCAACCGUGCCCGUCACACGCUGGACGCCUCAGUCCUCACAGGGCCCCCAUGUUUGUGAGACUAAGCUGGUGCGUGGCGUCCAGUGGCCCACCACUAUGAGAGGGGAGACUGUGGACCGGCCUUGUCCCAAAGGAUCUCUUGGCAUCGCUUCCUUCCAGUGUUUGGCCGAGCAGGUCAUAUGGAACCCGCGUGGUCCUGACCUCAGCAACUGCACCUCCCCGUGGGUCAACCAGGUGGCCCAGAAGAUAAAGAGCGGCGAGAACGCUGCCAACAUCGCCAUCGAGCUAGCCAAUCACACGCGAGGGCGGAUCCAGGCGGGGGACAUCAGCUCAUCGGUGCGACUGAUUGAGCAACUGCUGGACAUCCUGGAUGCUCAGCUCCAGUCCCUCAGGCCCGGGAACAAGGAGUCAGCAGCACGCAACUACAACAAGUUCCAGAAGCGAGAGCGGACCUGUCGGGCCUACAUCCAGGCGGUGGUGCAGACGGUGGACAACCUACUCCGUCCCGAGGCGCUGGACUCCUGGCAGGACAUGAACAGCACAGAGCAAGCCCACAUCGCCACCAUGCUGGUGGACAUCCUGGAGAAAGGAGCCUUCCUUCUGGCCAACAACAUGUAUGGCAGUCGCUUCUCUGACCGAGCGCCCAACAUCGAUCUGGAGGUCCACGUCCUGAACACGGAAAUGGACCUGCAGGACUUGUCCUUCCCGCUCAACUACGGCAACGACAGCACCAUCCAUCUGUCGGCGUCCACCAUCAAACAGUACAGUCGUAACGGGCAAGUGAAGGUGGUCUUCAUCCUGUACAAGCACCUCGGGUCCUUCCUGUCCACCGAGAACGCCACCGUCAAGAUGGACUUGCAGUCCGGCCACGGUCGGAAGCGCCUGGCCGUCAAUUCCCACGUGAUCUCAGCCUCCAUUAACAAAGAAUCCAGCCGCGUGUUCCUCACUGAGCCGGUGGUCUUCACGCUCAGACAUCUCCAGGUGUUGGAGAACUACUACAGCCCAAACUGCUCCUUCUGGAACUACUCUGAACGCACCAUGACGGGCCAGUGGUCCACGCAGGGCUGCAGGCUGCUGGACACCAACGGGACACACACCACCUGCUCCUGCAGCCACCUCACCAACUUCGCCGUGCUCAUGACUCACCACGACAACGAUUUCCAGGGCCACAUGCACGAGCUGAUCCUGUUUGUGAUCACCUGGGUGGGCAUCGUCAUCUCAUUGGUGUGCCUUGCCAUCUGCAUCUCCACGUUCUGCUUCCUGCGCGGCCUGCAGACCGACCGCAACACCAUCCACAAGAACCUGUACGUCAACCUCUUCAUCGCCGAGCUCCUCUUCCUGAUUGGCAUCGACAAGACGGACUACCAUAUCGCCUGUCCCAUUUUCGCUGGACUUCUGCAUUUCUUCUUCUUGGCUGCCUUCUCCUGGAUGUGUCUGGAGGGCGUCCAGCUCUAUCUCAUGCUGGUGGAGGUGUUUGAGAGCGAGUACUCCCGUAAAAAGUACUACUACCUGUGCGGCUACUGCUUCCCGGCUCUGGUGGUGGGCAUCUCGGCGGCGAUAGACUACAGGAGCUACGGGACCAAGAAAGCAUGCUGGCUACGAGUGGAUAACUACUUCAUCUGGAGCUUCAUUGGACCCGUUUCAUUUGUUAUUAUGCUCAACCUCGUUCUCCUGAUGAUCACGUUACACAAGAUGAUUCGAAACUCAUCGGCGCUCAAGCCUGACUCCAGCCGUCUGGAUAACAUCAAGUCGUGGGUCUUGGGGGCCAUCACCCUCUUGUUCCUCCUGGGGCUGACGUGGGCGUUUGGUCUCAUGUUUAUCAACGAGAACUCUCUCAUUAUGGCGUACCUCUUCACCACCUUCAACGCCUUUCAGGGCAUGUUCAUAUUCAUCUUCCACUGUGCUCUGCAGAAGAAGGUCCAUAAAGAGUACAGCAAAUGCCUGCGCCACUCAUACUGCUGCAGCCGCACGUCCACCACCAGCUCCCACGGUUCCAUGAAGAACUCGGGCCUGCGCGCCAACAACCGCUACUACAGCGGCAGCCAGGCUCGCCACGCGGCGGCCCACAGACAGAGUCGGAUCCGCCGGAUGUGGAAUGACACGGUUCGGAAGCAGACGGAGUCUUCCUUCAUGGCGGGGGACAUCAACAGCACACCUACGCUCAACCGAGCAGCCAUGGGCAACCACCUUCUGGCAAACCCGGUACUGCAGACUCGCAGCGGAACAUCUCCUUACAACACGCUGCUGGCUGAGAGCUUCACCCCGCCCUCGCCCGGCGUCUUCAACUCCACCGGAACUUUCCGAGACCCAAAGAGCACAUCCAAGGGUCGUGACCCCUGCGGAAUGGAGACCCUGCCUUUGAACGGCAACUUCAACAACAGCUACUCACUACGCGGUGGUCCGGGAGGCGGAGGCAGCUGUGACUUCCUAAGCGGCGGAAAUGGAGAUAGCCCCCCACCUCUAAUCAACCCCCGCGGCUCGGAGACGCUGGGCGGCGGGGGUAUCCGCCGCAAUCUCUCCGAUGCUGCUGCCUUUGAGAAGAUGAUCAUCUCUGAACUUGUGCAUAACAAUUUGAGAGGUGGUGCCGGAGGAGUGGGCGGAGGGGACGGAAGCCAAGUCAAGGGGCAUUCUCACGGUGCAGGCGGACGAGGACCCACCGGGGCCGGGCCAGAUGUGAACGGAGACCAAGAUGACGGACGGCAGCGCACUCCGCAGGAUGUGGAGCUGCUUUACAAAGCACUGGAAGAGCCGCUACUCUUGCAACGCGCCCAAUCCGUCCUCUACCAGAGCGACCCGGAAGAGUCGGAAAGCUACACUGCCGACCUCACCGAAAGUCUGGGUCAGGGAGGGAACAGAGCGCCUGACUCGCCGGCCCAUGACUCCAUAUACACAAGCAUCACCAACCUGCGAGACUCGCCCUACCCGGACAGCAGUCCCGAACCCCUGGAGGUGGUACCUCGAUCAGCCCAGCCCCCGGAAGAACUGUACUACAGCUCCGGGAGGCCCGCCUUGGGCUCCCGUGGGGCACCCAUGCAGACCUUCUACCAAGCCCCGCCGCGGAGACCGAGCGGGGACCACCAGGCUCAGGAGCCCGCUCACAGUGAAGGGGACGGACAGAUGCAGCUCGUUACUAGCCUGUGACCGGCGGCCGAAAAAAAGAGACUGAAGUGAUGGACCCCCCAGUACCGUACGGUCCUGGUGUUUAUCCACUUCCUGUUUGUGUGGUUGCCUUUCUUUCUCUCGAGCAAACAAAGCGACCUUCAGUGGGAGCCGCUGCUCACUUUGCAGAAGAAGCCUUUGACUUUUUAAGGAGUGUUCAUCCAAACUGAGUCCUUCCCGGUUCCUUUGGUACCUUAAGGCCAAGUCCAGCACUCUGAAUGUACCGACCCCCCCCGACCCCUUUACCUUUCAGAACUUUGUUAUAACAAGAAAUGUUUCUGGAGACUAUCAUUUUGUAUUUUGCUCCUUUGCCAUUUGGUACCAAUCAUCAUUUGAUUAGCUAGCUGCUGUGGAGACGCGUGGAGUCGUCUUGUACGCCGUUAGAAGUUAAAAAUGUCUCUUCAUUGUUGCCAAAAAUAUCUUUUAUUGAGCCAGAACAGAAAGUAGAACGUGCACACAGACUUAUCCAGAAGUGCUCAUUAAUGAACAGUUCCUCAUCAUCGGUUUCGGAGGAAGACAAUUCAGAGGAGUUGCCUUCAUUUCCUUUGAACGAGCAGAGGUGGAGGUAGAGAAUUUGGGGGCACGGCCACUUCCUCUGCCCCACCUUUUUUUUUUUUUUUUCUCAGAAUCGUGACCCGCUCCGUCCUUUCUGCCUGUUUGCUUUUUAGGCAUUGGAAAAAGUGACAUGACUGCCUUGCUAUCGUUUCGCUGAGCGUAUUCAUUCUGUUGCAUCCUGGGUGGGGUGGGGGGGUCCUCCUGUAUUUGCUGUUAGAACAUAGCCAGCUGAAGUGGACUUGUUUCCUGUGUGUGUGUGGUUGUGACCGCCAACACUAUAAAAACCAUGUACAUAAGAACCACAAUCCGCUUUAUUCCUAACUACCGUGUAAAUAAAUAGGGAACGGCGGAUGUUCAAAAGCAACAAAAGCGCUAUGAGAGAUGACUUCUUGUACUUGCAACAAAAGAGAAAAAUAAAAUUUCUUUUUUGGGGGA